ACUUCUCACAGACAUUAUUGGAACCGAGGCGCGAGGCUCCGCUCUUUCCCGAGUGGUGUGUAGAGAGAGGCGGCUGAAGCGCCCAACAAACACAAUAAAAUCUUAAACCAUGGGUCGUAUGCACAGUGGAGGGAAGGGUAUAUCCCAAUCUGCUCUACCAUACCGUCGUUCAGUCCCCAAUUGGCUCAAGUUGACCAAGGACGAUGUGGAGGACCAGAUUGUCAAGCUGGCCAAGAAAGGUCUAACUCCUUCCCAGAUUGGUGUAAUCUUGCGAGACAGUCACGGUGUCGCUCAGGUACGAUUCGUCACUGGCAACAAGAUCCUACGUGUACUCAAAGCCAAGGGUCUGGGCCCAGAUAUUCCAGAAGACUUGUAUCACCUGAUUAAGAAAGCUGUAGCAAUCCGCAAGCAUUUGGAAAAGAACAGGAAGGAUCGCGACUCCAAAUUUCGCCUGAUCCUGGUAGAGUCUCGUAUCCACCGCUUGGCCCGUUACUACAAGACACGUAAUGUGUUGGCCCCUACCUGGAAAUAUGCUUCAUCCACAGCAUCUGCCCUUGUAGCAUAAAUAAAUCUAUUUCUGUGA